GUUCUUUCCCCCUCUCAUGUGCAGCCUGCUCAUCUCUCCAGCAUGUGGAAAGUGGCACUUCUGGUUCUGGGUACUAUGCUUAUUCUGAGGGGGUUGGCAAAGGGGGCUCCGCUGAGGCCAGAAGAAAAAUGGAAACCUCUGGACAAUCCCAGAAACCGAGAUCUGUUUUUCAGAACACUCCAGGCUUAUUUUUCGGGAAGAGGUCUUGAUCUGAGAAAGUUCCUAGAUACUUUCUCCAUGAAUAAUGACAGACCCAGGCCUGUAGCUAUCUACUCGGAUCCUACUGCUUCUGCAUUUGCAGAUUAUGAAGAAAAGAAAAAAUUAUUUCAGAACUACUUCAAAGGCUGAAAGAAGCUGCUGACCAAGGUGGUUACUUUUGGACUUCAUGUGAAUUGGAAGCAUACAUGGCAAAAUGUUACUGCUUUGGGGUUUCUAUUAUCUGACAAUUUAACAUUUUCUUCAGCAUCCGAGUCUUUACAUAUACAAAUCUGACAUCUGGCUGCAAUUUGCCAUAUUUGCUCACUUUUCAGGUGGUGAGGUAUGGAUGGUUGUGAAGAUUGGUCUG